AUGAAGUCGGCAAGCCGGUUAUUCUACUUGUCGCUGUUUGCCCUUUGGGCGCCUACUACCGUAUGCUCUGAGCAGGAAGAUUGUGCCAUAUCCCCCAAAGCCAUUGUCCAAGAUGCCUGUGCAUCCUACGCUACUCUUGACCGCCUGAAUGCGCAGGUCAAGCCUGCCCUCGACGACCUCACCCGAACCACCGACUUCUUCUCCCACUACCGGCUCAAUCUCUUCAAUAAGGCCUGUCCCUUCUGGGACGAUGAGGGUGGCAUGUGCGCCAACAUUGGAUGCGCCGUCGAGACGCUAGAUAACGAGGAGGACAUCCCCGAGGUCUGGAGGGCCGCGGAGCUGGGAAAGCUGGAAGGCCCCAGAGCGAAGCACUUGGGCCAGAGCGCCAGGAAGAGGCACCCUGAGAAGCCCCUCCUAGGAGAGUUGGGUGGCGCUGUUAGCGAGGGCUGCGUGUUCGAAUACGACGAUGAAUGCGACGAGCGAGAUUACUGUGUUCCCGAAGACGAGAGCGCCGGCUCCAAGGGUGACUACGUCAGCCUCCUCCGAAACCCAGAACGAUUCACUGGCUACGGUGGCAUGGGAUCCAGGCAAGUCUGGGAUGCCAUCUACCGCGAGAACUGCUUCCAGCGCAGCUCCUUCCCCCACACGGCCAACUUGGGCUCCUCGUCCCCGAAAAACCUCGCGCAGCAGGACUUUAAGCAGGUCCUGGACGCCGCUGCCCGACAGCUUACAAACGACAAGCCCGAAGUUCCGAGCGGCGAUGUCGAGACCAACGACGAGUGUCUAGAGAAGCGUGUGUUUUACCGCGUUGUGUCCGGAAUGCACGCCAGUAUCAGCACCCAUCUGUGCUGGGACUUCUUGAACCAGACAACCGGCGAGUGGCACCCCAAUCUGUCGUGCUACGCCGCCCGUCUUCACCCAUUCCCAGACCGCAUCAGCAACCUCUACUUCAACUACGCUCUUCUUACACGCGCGGUCGCCAAGGUUGGCCCUUACCUCAAGGACUACACCUUCUGCACUGGCGACGAGGUUGAAGACAUUGCGACCCGUAACAAGGUCCUCGAGGUCACCGACCGCGCCGCCACCGUCCCCCAGAUCUUCGACGAAGGCCUCAUGUUCGUUAACGGCGAAGGGCCCUCGCUGAAGGAGGAUUUCCGCAACCGGUUCCGCAACGUCAGCCGUAUUAUGGAUUGCGUUGGCUGCGACAAGUGCCGGCUGUGGGGCAAGAUCCAGACCUCGGGCUACGGGACGGCCCUCAAGGUCCUGUUCGAGUUUGACAACGCCGAGGACCUCCCCGUGCUGAAGCGCACUGAGCUGGUUGCGUUGUUCAACACCCAUGCCCGGCUGAGCUCUUCUCUGAACGCGCUCGCCAAAUUCCGCGACAUGUUGCAGGAGAGCAGGAAGGGACAGGAAUCUGAAGAGACCAAGAAGGAAUCCGAAGAGACCAAGAAGGAGCCUGAAGAGAUCAAGAAGGAGCCUGAGCCAGAACCUGAGGAGAGCAAAAAGGAGCCAGAACCUAAGGAGUCGGUGGCAGCCACCCCUAAUGAAAUGAAGGAGGAGAAAACUAUGGGUGGCGAGUCCACACCGGAGGAGGAAGAGGAGGAAGAGCCCUUCCGGCCUCUGACCGUCACAGAAUCGUUCAAGCGCGAGUUUGGAAUGGUCUGGGACGCGGUCGCAUUGGUUACAGGAAGCUGGUUCAGAGCGCCCAAGGCAUUCAUUCAUAUAUUCACCUCCGAAGCCAAUAGGUUCUUCCGAUUUUGGAUCGGGCUCCCUGUACCCGAUCGGGAUUGGUCAUUCCAAUGGCCCAGUCUCCAGCGAGACGAGCUAUAG